AUCCAGACUGCUUCUACAAACAUUUGUGAAAGAAUGGGUCACCCUGAGGAGCUCAGUGAAUUCAAGCAUGGUACCAUGAUAGGUUGCCACCUGUGCAAGUCCAUCCGUGAAAUUUCCGUGCUACUAAAUAUUCCAUGGUCAACUGUUGGUGGUAUUAUAACAAAGUGGAAGCAACUGGGAACAACAGCAACUCAGCCACAAAGUGGUAGGCCACGUAAAAUGACAGAGCGGGGUCAGCGCAUGCUAAAGCGCACAGUGUGCAGAAGUAAUCAACUGUCUGCAGAGUCAAUAGCUAAAGACCUCCAAACUUUGUGUGGCCUUCAGAUUAGCACAACAAGAGUGCGUAGAGAGCUUCAUGGAAUGGGUUUCCAUGGCCAAGCAGCUGCAUCCAAGCCUUACACCACCAAGUGCAAUGCAAAGUGUCAGAUACAGUGGUAUAAAGCACAUCACCACUGGACUCUAGAGCAGUGGAAACAUGUUCUCUGGAGUGACCAAUCACGCUUCUCUGUCUGGCAAUCCGAUGGACGUGGCUGGGUUUGAGUUUGGUGGUUGCCAGGAGAACAGUCAGACGACAGCAUUUUUGCCAAGUGUAAAG